AUGCGGCGAUGGUGCGCCAACGUCACCCCCCGGGGUCCGACUGCGCGCUUCACAGGACCUUUCUGCUUCUUCGACCUUCCGCGCGAGCUGCGGCACAUGAUCUGCUAUUUAGCAAGGACCGCCACGCCUGAUCUCUACCGCGCCACGCUCAAUGAGAGGCCUUCGCCGUUGAUCGACACCACUACGCACUAUCAACAAGAAGCUGAUGGAUGGAUGCCCGACAGACACUAUCCGCUCUGUGUUCGGGUCAGCCAUGCAUUCCUAUCAGAAGCCAUGGAACAGUACUUCCGCAACGUUGGAUGGGUCGCAAGAAUUCCUGGCAGCAUCUUUACCACCAGAAUCUACUUGAACAGUGCGAAGUUUUCCAAUCCAAGCAAAUUCCAGAUAAUGCUCGAGACAUCUGUGCUCACUUGCAAACGCAGGAUUGUGGGAUGGAUUCCCAACUCUGACUACUCGCGCGAUGUCAUCGAGGUCUACAAUAAGCUCGAGCAAGGCCUUCGUGGCCCGGACGGUCUGAAGACUCUGUAUAUGGACCUCGCCGUCAGCCUCGACCGCACGAAGAAUGUUGUCGCGAUCGAUCUCUCAGGCUUGGAGGCUAUUGGAUUCAGCAUCGACAAGCUCGUUGUCGACGUUGCUUGCACGGAAUGGGAUAAGAAAAAGCUUGGCCAAUUGGAGGGUAUGAUGAAGGAAGAGUUGAGACGGCUAGGAUGUGCGUUGAUUGGUCAGCAAAUAACCUUCACCUUCACUCGAGCCCAUCCAACCGAAGUUCGAGGAGCGCGCUGGCUUUCUGAGAUCAGGAGGACGUGGUUAUGUUUCAGAAGAAGCCCAUCAUGA